AUGCCAUGCAUAACGUUUACAAGCCUUGGCUUGGUUGUUCUUGAUGAAGUCCAUUUUCCAGAGCGGACCGCGCUGUACAAUAUCCUUGGCGGCUCUGGGACUUAUGCGACCCUUGGUGCUCGAUUAUUUCUCCCGCCUCCCAUCAGUCACUCCUUAGGGUGGAUGCUUCAUGUUGGCCACGACUUUCCAAGAUCUGCGGAGGAGCUGCUGGAGAGUUGGAGUACAACAUUGAUGAUAGCCAGACAAGCAGACCAAAAGUCAACCAGAGGUUUGCUUGAAUAUAAAGAUACUACGUUUGGACCCAAAGACUUCAAGUACACGACUCCGAUCCUUGCUGUUCAGGAAGAUAACUUGGAACAAAUGGACCUGUUGGGCUCGAAGGUGUAUCACUACCUUGCAUCUCCAGAGGACAUCAAGGUCCGCAUCUCAUCUUUACUUAGGUUGAGAGAAGCUGCAAGCAUUUCUGAGCGCCCUCUGAUUAUUUGGGAACCGGCCCCUCUCUCAUGCAAGCCAGAGAAUUUCCAAGCAUUUUUGGAUGCUCUAGCUUCGGUCGAUGUGUUUUCUCCAAACCACUUAGAAUUAGCCGCACUCUGCUCGGAGCCAUCGAUCGUCAGUUUUGAUGAAGGCAAAAUCGAGAAGCUGGUACUGACUUUCCUGAGUCACGGAGUUGGGCCGGGUGGGAACGGUACAGUGAUUGUCCGAGCUGGGGAGUUUGGCUGCAUGGUCAGUACCCGCGUUCUCUCUCCUAGAUGGCUUCCUCCAGUGCAUGCAUCUGGGCCAGAAACAGAACGGAAUGUCAAAGUCGUGGAUCCAACAGGAGCAGGAAAUGCUUUCCUGGGAGCUUAUGGCGUGGGGUAUCUCGAAACGCAAAAUCCGGUACUCGCAGCAUGUUAUGGUGCCGUUGGGGCAUCAUUCGCAGUCGAGCAGGUUGGAAUGCCGGGAUUGAGUAGAGAUGGUGACCGCGAGAUGUGGAAUGGCAUUAAUGUGAGGUCAAGGCUGCAGGAGUAUAUGCAUUAUGUAGGAUCCGCUACAUAA